CCGGGCGGGGCGGGGCGGGGCUGUGGGGAGGAGGCAGGCUUGCUGCGCCAAGGGCCAGUUGCGCGGAGAGCGCGGGGUUGGAGAGCCGCGCGUGCGGAGGGCCUCGGGCGGGCGCCGAGGGACCUCUCCGGGCCAUGGCACCUCCUGUCAAAGGGAAAAGGAAACAGUCAGAGGAGGGUGAUCCCCUAGACCCAUCUGUGUCCCCUCAACGCGAUGGUGAACAGAGCAGGAGCCAGAGCCCCAUCCAUCUGGAGGACUCCCCCGAGGCAGGCGGGGAGCGGGAGGAGGACCAGGAGCGGGAGGAGGAGCAGGCCUUCCUGGUCAGCCUCUACAAGUUCAUGAAGGAGCGACACACGCCCAUCGAGAGGGUGCCCCAUCUCGGCUUCAAGCAGAUUAACCUGUGGAAGAUCUACAAAGCAGUGGAGAAGCUGGGGGCCUAUGAGAUGGUGACUGGCCGCCGCCUCUGGAAGAACGUGUACGACGAGCUGGGAGGCAGCCCGGGCAGCACCAGCGCGGCCACGUGCACACGCCGCCACUACGAGAGGCUGGUGCUCCCAUACGUGCGGCACCUGAAGGGGGAGGACGACAAGCCGCUGCCCCCUUCCAAGCCCAGGAAGCAAUACAAGAUGGGCAAGGAGCCCCGCGGGGAUGACGGGGCCCCUGAGAAGCCGAAGAAGGCCAAGGAGGAGAAGCGGUUAGACCAAAUGAUGCCAGGAAAGACCAAGACAGAUGCUGCCACGGACCUGGCACAGCUUCCUAGCCAGGAGCCCCCCAGGGAUGGCACAGAACAGCCAGGCCCAGCCCUGGGCACCUCUCUGCCCUUCGUGGGUGCCAGCAGCUGCCCUGAGGCCUACAAGCGGCUCCUGUCCAGCUUCUACUGCAAAGGAACGCAUGGCAUCAUGUCACCACUGGCCAAAAAGAAGCUCCUGGCCCAGGUGAGCAAGGCGGAGGCCUUGCAGUGCCAGGAGGAGGGCUGUCGCCACGGGGCAGGCAGCCCUAAUGGGCACCCCCAGGCAUCCCCAGCUGUUCACCUCUCCGAAAGUCCUCAGAGCCCAGGAAAGCCAGCUGAGAACUCCAGGCACCGGCUGACCCCUCAGGAGGGAUUACAGGCACCUGGGGGCAGCCUCAGGGAGGAGGCUCUGGCCGGUCCUCGCCUGCCAGCCCCCAUCUUCACUGGCUGUUUCCAUGCGUACCCCACCGAGGUGCUGAAGCCCGUCAGCCAGCACCCCCGGGACUUCUUCCCCAGCCUUAAAGAUGGGGCGCUAUUAGGGCCCCCUGGCAAAGAGGAGGGCCUGCUGGUCAAAGAGCCCCAGUUGGUGUGGGGCGGGGAUGCCAACCGCCCGUCUGCAUUCCAUAAAGGCAGCUCGAGAAAGGGCAGCCCCUACCCCAAGCCCAAAGCCUGCUGGGUGUCCCCCAUGGCCAAGGUCUCUGCCGAGAGCCCUGCACCCCCACCUACCUUCCCUAGCAUCCCAGGCCUGAGCAACAAGCGCAGCCUGGAAGAAGAGGGCUUUACCCAUGGUGGCAAAAAACUGCGGGCAGUGUCUCCCUUUCUUAAGGAGGUGGACGCCAAGGAGUGUGGGGCCAAAUCCAUGGGGUCCGGCUUGGCCGUGUCCUGCCUGCUGGGCCCAGCGCUGGGGCCCACCCUCCCCGAGGCCUACAGGGGCACCAUGCUGCGUUGCCCGCUGAACUUUGCCAGCACCCCGGACCACUUAAAGGGCCAAGCCACACUCCCCUUCAGCCCCCUGGUCAUCCCUACCUUCCCAGCCCACUUCCUAGCCACUACAGCGCCCUCCCCCAUGGCCACCGGUCUGAUGCACUUCCCCCCGGCAUCCUUCGACAGUGCCCUUCGCCACAGACUUUGCCCAGCCUCGUCUGCAUGGCACGUGCCACCUGCCACAACCUAUGCAGCACCCCACUUCUUCCACCUCAACACCAAGCUUUAGGUCUGAGCCCACGGGGCUGUGCCGUGCUGUGCAGGGUCUGAAGUGGCCUGAGACGGGGAGGCACUGCCGGGGGUCUGGGCUGGAGCCUCUUCCCCGGGAGAGCUUGGCUGUGCCCAAUGCAGGAACGUGCCCCCUGUCUGGGCAGCCUGGCACAGAGAGGGAGGCAGCGGGAAAACUGGGUUUGUCUCAAGGAAGCAACCCAAGCCUGCGGGGCCGUGGGAGAAGACGGUGCUGGGCUGGCAGCUCCCAGCUAGGUCCCCAGAGCAGAAGCCAGGAACGUGGUGAAGGGCCAAGGAGCUGGGUAGCAGUUUGAGGUAUGCAGGCUGCCCAUGGAAAAUCCAAUAAAAGACCAAUGCGGAUCCACCCAGCCCUGAGGUGUGCAUGGUUUGGACCUUCACAGGGGCAGGUGAGGCUGGGGCAUGUUCGUGGAUGGAGGCGUUGGUGACAGGGCUGGGGGAGCCAAGGAGAGACACCUACCUUGCAUCCACUCAGAUCCAAAAUGCCUCCACCCCCGCCGAAGAGCAGGGGGUCAAGUGUCCUGUUCAUAAUUCAGCAGGCUGCAACAUUCAUCCUGUGCUUUCUGUCCACUUUCAUAGUAGAGUCUCAGGGCAACUGCCUGUCAGGUGGGGGUCUGAGGCUCUGAGAAGGCUGGUGACUUGCCCUGGUUCCCCCAGGUAGUGACUGAGCAAAGCUAGCCACUUGGGUGUGAUUCAAGUACUCAGAGCUAAACCACAGGACCCCAAACCAUGAACAGUAGGAAGAGCCCUGGGGGUCAAGGGUGUGAGCAGGGAAUCUGAUUGGUCUGUCCUGGUGGUGGACUUACAGAGCCUGCUGCUCAAUCCUCCCAGUGAGCCCUCUCACCUGCCCAGGGGUGGCCCAGGAGGUUCCCGAUUUGGGUAGGCACCUAGAGGGGAAGGGGAGUGAAGGGGGCAGAAUCUUGGCCUGGGCAUCUGUGUUCAUUAGAUACGGUUGUUCUGGGGGCUCAGACCCUGCAGCCUAAACAACCUCCUUGCUAAAGGCUCAGUUUGGGGAGCUGUGUCAGUAGGAGGGAGGGCAGGAGGGCCCCUUUCAGAGGCUUCCCGCUCCUCCCCAGGCUGCCUGGCACAGUAACCUGCUGAGCUUCACGUGUUCCUGCAAAGGCAGUGCUGCUCCAGAAUGCAGGGAUGGUAGGGGUGGGGGCCAGGCCCCCAACUUCCAGCCUCCAGCCUCAGAUUGGCCAACGGGGGGCCUUUGACCUGCGCGGUUGGAACUUUCCUGCCUUCUGGGAUACUCAUGACCUCAGGUCAUGAGAGGGGCAAUCUAGCGUGACGACCCCGCCCCCACCCCCACACUUAGUUAACAGAUGUGUAGGCUGAGGCCCCCCCCCCCAUGGGUUCUGUUUGCCCAAUGCCACCGCUGAGUAUGACAGAACCCAGACUGGGGCACACACAGCAUUUCUGACACCAGGGGGUGGGCUACCAGGGCUGAAGGCAUCCCAUCCAGCCUUGCCUCCAGCUUCCACCCCUGGAAGCUGCCUGUGGAGGGGGAGCUCAGAUGGGCACAGGCCAGAGAGCUGCCCUCCUAGGGAUGGGGUAGUCAGAGGGUGGUAGUCACCGCUCCUGGCUCUGCUGGGGGUCCCUCGAUUCCCCACCUCCCUCCUGGGCGAUGCCAGAUACCAGCCUGAGUAGCGGCAUGACCUCCAGUCCCGAGCCCCCUGUUCCCACGUGCUGCCCAUCUCUCUAGGCUCCUGGAAUCUCUGGUGAACAAAGAGGGGCGGGAGGGCUGAAUUCUGCCACCCUCCCUGCGAGUGCCCUGGGUGCUGGGCCACAGGCCACGGGGUCAGAUCCCCUAGGUAAGGGGGAGGCGAGGGCCACCUAUUGUGUGCAGGGUCCUGCCUGAGAUGGGGCACGGUCACUGAGGUCCUUGUUAUCUGCAAAGCCACAGUGCCCUCGUUCUGGCACAGAGGUGGGAGGUGUGCACCAGGCAGAACUUGGGCACAGGAUGUUCAGAGCUGUGAUGGUGGUGCCCUCUGCAGGCUGUUUGGGGGACUACGCCUUGUGGAGAGGCUGCGACCUGAAGUUGGUUCCUGAGAAGGAGGCUGUGGCCCUUGCUUGGGGGUCAGCAAAUACCCAGGGCUCAAUGUGGGCAUGCUUCCUGGGAAACUUCUGAGCCCUGCAUUUCCAGUGUGCCGCUUUAAAUGAUUUUUCUCACUUGCCCCUCAUGAUUCUGGGGAAGGUACUGUCCUGAUUUACAAAUGAGGAAACCGCUCUGAGAGCUCUAUUAGGUUCAGACGCUGCUGACAGGCAAGCCUGACUCACUGGAAGGACAUCCUGCACGUGCUUCCUGGGCAUGCCGCCCUACGUGCACAGGUGUGCUCCAGGUUGUGCUGUUUUCAUACCCUAUUCCUUUGCAUUCCUGUUGUGUCCUGACAGCCCUUGCCUCUGCCCUGGGGACCCACAGGCCAUCAGGACUGGCCAGAAUCUACCGUUGGGGCAUAAGCCAUGUCUCAGGACCAUUUUAAAGACCGCUUUCAAACUGUCUGUGGCAUUCGAGCUGUUGAGGGUGGCAGUGAGGGCUUGCUGCGUGGCAAUGAGUGGAGGCAACUCGGGAAGGAACAUCCCUUUUCCUGGUGACCGUUGAAGCAGAAGGCCGUGUGUCAGGCAUUCGACAGACAGUGAGCUUCCAUUCCUAGCGGGUUCCAGGCACUGGUUUAGGUGUUGGGAUGGACACAUCAGUGGACAAAACACUCAAGUCCCCGCCCUCAUGGAGAGGACAUUCUAUAGGCGAAGAGGGGGCAGAAAAUAAGUGAAUCAAAUACAGAGCAUGUCAGGAGGAGUUAAGCCCCAGGGAGAAAAAUAGGGCUGGGGAAGGGAGUGUGCAGUUUGUUUUUGCAGUAAAAUGUAACUUAGCCUAACAUUUAC